GGGCCUCCCGGCCUCUCCCCGCCGGCCCGCGGGCUCGCCGUCCGGCGCAGGGCAGAGAAAGUUGCAUGGAGAUUGUGCACAUUGGAGAUAUAUUUCCACAGCAUCUGGCUUUUCUUGUUCCUGUUCUGAAGUCAGUAAAUGUAACUGCUAUCCUCUGGAGGUAAAUACAUAGGAGUGGGCUUUUCUAGAUCAUAUGGUCGGUGGGCUCCACGACAAAAGUCAACCCUUCUGUAAAUCACCUGCUGUGGUUAUGAUGCUCUGAGUUCAAUACGUCUGAACCUUUGCUGUCUAUGGAUCUGCUCUAAACCUUAUAGCCUGCUUAUGGGGGAAGUCCACAAUGUGCCCUGAAGACUAUUCUGUGUAUGACUUUGGGAAAUCGGGGAUCCCCGCUUUUGGUAGCAGUGAGCAGUGAGCUGGACACCUUUGGGUCCAGUGCUCGGCCAGGUGGUUCUUGCACAGCCUUCCAGCUCUGCCCUGGAGCCAGCCCUGAGAAGCAAGGGAGGCACGGGUUUCAGGAAUGAAGGACAAGAAGGCGGUUCUGGGGGCUGAAGAUCGUCCUGAGGUGUUUGGAAAGAGUGACGCCUUCUGGGCCCCAUCUGUCCUUCCUCACAGCACCCUCAGCGCCUUAAGCCACCACCCCCAGCCACAAUUUGGCAGAAGGAUGGAGUCCAAGGUCUCAGAAGGUGGCCUGAACGUGACCCUUACCAUCCGCCUGCUGAUGCAUGGAAAGGAAGUUGGAAGCAUCAUUGGGAAGAAAGGAGAAACUGUGAAGAAGAUGCGUGAGGAGAGUGGUGCGAGGAUCAACAUCUCAGAGGGAAACUGCCCAGAGAGGAUUGUGACCAUCACAGGCCCCACAGACGCCAUCUUCAAGGCCUUUGCCAUGAUCGCAUACAAGUUUGAGGAGGAUAUCAUCAACUCCAUGAGCAACAGCCCUGCCACCAGCAAGCCCCCAGUGACGCUGAGGCUGGUGGUGCCUGCCAGCCAGUGCGGGUCCCUGAUCGGCAAAGGAGGCUCCAAGAUCAAGGAGAUCAGGGAGUCCACAGGUGCCCAGGUGCAGGUGGCCGGGGACAUGCUGCCCAACUCCACGGAGCGGGCGGUGACCAUCUCGGGGACCCCAGAUGCCAUCAUCCAGUGUGUCAAGCAGAUCUGUGUGGUCAUGCUGGAGUCCCCACCGAAAGGUGCCACCAUUCCCUACCGCCCAAAGCCCGCCUCCACCCCUGUCAUUUUUGCAGGUGGUCAGGUAAGAGCCGAUCCGCUCGCGGCCUCCACUGCCAACCUCAGCCUUUUACUGCAGCACCCGCCGCUGCCCGCCUACACAAUCCAGGGACAGUAUGCCAUCCCUCACCCGGAUCAGUUGACCAAGCUCCACCAGUUGGCCAUGCAGCAAACCCCCUUUCCUCCCCUCGGACAGACCAACCCCGCUUUCCCCGGAGAAAAGCUGCCUUUACACUCCUCCGAAGAAGCUCAAAAUCUGAUGGGCCAGUCAUCAGGUCUGGACGCCAGCCCACCGGCCAGCACUCAUGAGCUCACCAUUCCCAAUGAUGAAGCACAGAUUUGGCAGUUCAGAGAGAUCACCAGUCCUGUGUGUGGAAGAUGGACAGUGGAGCGGGAGAAAAAGAGGCAGAAGAGAGCAGGGUCACCAGAGGAGCGGAUCAUGAGGCUGUCUGGCUGGUGCCACUCACCCGCCUGAAGAGCCAUCUCAUUUGAGCCCCUCGUGGCAAUGUGCACUCUAGACCUUCUGUCCCAGUUGCUGGUCAGGGACAGAGUCCCCAUGUCUGCUAACAGAAGCUCAGGACGCUCACCCUCCAGGCAGCAUUGUGGUCCAGCCUUCUGGCAUCCCCGAGGAUUUCUAAGGUUGGCCCAACUUGAAAGGCAGCAGCACAGAGCCAUCUGCCCAGGUGUGGGGUGGCACAGCCAACUGGUCCCUGCAUUCUUGGAGAGAGGGGACUUUUCCUCAACCCUUUCCCUCACUGCGGUGGUUCCUUGAGCAUGCGGCUUCUGGCAUCCUCCUGAGUCUUUCCCUCCAGAUAGUAAAGCCAGCAGGCUUUUACUGUGGGGUUUUCCUCCUUUAGUGAAUCGUGUUCACCAACACCAGGUUUGGUCUUAUCCAAACACUCAUUUAAAACGGGAAUGAGCUUUAAGAGGAUGAGUCAUCUUUGGAGAGCUGGUCAACCUGUUUCCUGGGGUCCCCUUUGUACAGACGGAUGCUGGUUUUCCCAGCUCUUCACCACUCACUUCCCAUCCUCCUCCUGGUGAUCUUCCUAGGGAAGAGACCCACUUCUCAGAAGGAAGGCAGCUUCCUCUUAUCCCAGUGCAUUUGGGCGUAGCCUUCCAUGCUUCUUCAUGGAAAAAGCUGUUGAUGGCACUGUCAGGGGCUUUCACCAGCACCCCCAGACUUCAUGGGGGAUGUAUCUGGGCUGCCCCAAAGCUGAUGUUCCUCACGUGGUGGCUGCCUGCUACCUUCUUGGAGAAAAGGAAGAAAUAAAAUGGUGUGCUUGUUCUGAACUUGCCUGUCAUCUCGUUCACGUCCGUCUCUUGGUCACGGUUGGAUCAUGCUGCCUCCGGGUUCCUGCAGAAAGACAUUGCUUGGAGGCAGGGACUUCUGAGACUCGCAGGCUCCCCAGCACGGCCAGUGGGGACACAGGGCAGUCCAGGGGCCCCAGGCCUUUGGUUCCCUUUCUGACGAUCACUGUGGGCUUCCCUCGAUGCCUAUUUCAGUGCUUGCUCUUGGCCAUGCAGACUGUGGUGCCUGUGGUCACCCCUACUCUGCCCUAAGCAACAGUCACCCACCCACCAAAGCUCAUGCCCCUUUCCCUGGUUCUCAGCUGCAGAAUCAGCCAGGCCUUCUGCUGGGGAAAGGAAUCUAAGGUGUCCAACAGUGGUCUCUAGGAGGAGAGGCUGCAGUGGGAGGUGUCACCACAGUUCCAGUGGAAUUUGGCAUUGACAUCUGAUUAGGAGGGGCCACGUUAUUUCAGAAUAUUUCUGUCGUUCUUCUUUGAAUUUGUAAUGGAGGCACACGAGGAUGAGAGGAGGCGAGGAGUCUGCUAACUGCUGGCAGGGUUCACAGGUGCAGGUGGGGCCAGGUGGGAGGUGCCCUUGGGCUGCAGAGCUCAGCCUAGAAGCCAUCUUCCCCUUCACUGAGCCAGCCAGCCUAGGGCAGGGCAGGUGAAGGAGGUCCGACCUCCCCACAUUCCCUUCUCACGGCGGAGAGUGCCGGUACAGAAAUCACAGUGCUGUUCACCUUGGCAUUUGUGGUGAGGUGGGCAUGCCUUGGUGGCUCAAUGAUGUCCCAUCAGCAUUCAGACCCCACAGCUGUGUGCAGAG